UGUACCGGCCCACUCACGUCACGUGACACAUUACCUGCAAAGCCCCGCACCUCUGUUUACUCACGUGCCUAUUGUCCACACAAUGGACAUUUACUAAUGUACUGCUGGGUGCUCGGACCACACUAUAUCGACUUUAUUUGCUCACCUGUGGAUAAGUCAACAACAUCCGUCAAUGAUCUGAGGGAUCUCGGUGUAUGUCCUCCAAUCUGUGCCGCUUUCUGUCUGGAUCUCCUCGACAUGGAGGGGAUGAUAUGGAAUGAGGAUCGCUCUGUGGUCAAGGGUGGUCUCAUAAACCGGGGCAGAAGUAAAACUCUGAAAGUUCAGAGCACUACACAUGAACCUUCUUCACCCUCACCCAACAAAGACUCUCACUUCAAGAACAGCCUGGAAAGUAUUUUAUCUCAGAAGCCGUCACCUGAGUCCAUCCACUGUUCAAAUGCAGGACAGACUAAACAGAAGGUAUAUCAGGCUUGUGUGAAGAAUGUCCCGUGUGCUGGCCGAGCACUGAGGAAUGCUUUCCUAUCUAAUGGCAAGGAUAACUGGAAAACUCAUAUUAAAUUGGCAAGGAUCAUCAGGAGAACAUAUAUUGGUCUGGAGCUGGUGGAAUGGUUGAUGGAUCACUGUGAAUUCAUACAGAACCGGCUAAUAGCUUCCAAAAUGUGGAACAUUCUGCUGGACAUGGGCGUUCUGCUCUCAGUGGAGCAGCAAGAUGUGUUUGAGGACUCCAGGUCCUUGUACCAAUUCACUUUUGAGGAAUGUGAGGCCCAGAGCUGUGAUUUCAGGAAUCAGGCCAAUUGGCAGAGUGCAGUGCAUCUGCUCCUACAGCUGGUCCCACACACGCAGCUCCGCGGUGGGGCCCGCAGACGCUAUAAAGAUGAAGAUACCCCGAAGACACCAGAGGUUUUUAAUCCAGUUUUUCAAAAGAGAGCACUGGAGCAUCUUACUUCAACGGUACAGCAGGAGUUGCUCGAGGCUUUGGCUCGCAAGGCACAGAAUAAAUCAAUCGUUGAGGAGAACAGACCAGAAACCCCUCCACCCUCUCCAAGUUGUGCUGAGCUCACGCAGGUACCCGGGGCCGGUGUACGAGAAAGAGAGGAUAUCAGCCGAUUGGAGAUGGUCCAGAGACUGGCAAAGGAUGGAUGCCGCCUUCUGCAUAGCCCACUGAGAGCUACUGAACGUCCUGCCGAGCCCACCGGUGACGCAGCAGUCCGGUUGUGCGAGAGAGAGAGGACCCGCGAGAUGCUGCUAUCUCAGAGGACGACGUCACCGCGAGCUCCCCCCUCCCGCUCCUUCUCAAACAGGAGGUUUGCCGCUGUGCCUGCCACCCCUGAGAAGGUGCUGGAACACCUGCUGGAUCAGAUGAGGAUGGACGAGGAGCAGAGGAACCCCCAAAGCAGAGAAACAGAUAUACUCUUGGAUGACUUCUUGCUGACCUACCCUGUGUUCAUGUCCACCAGUGACCUGUGCCAAGCAUUGCUUGGUCACUAUUGUUCAAAGAAAGGACGAUUGAAAGAGGAUGCCAGAGAGACUCUGCUUAGGAAACGAAAAGUACUGCACCUGCUGUCCCAGUGGAGCUCGUUGUGCACAGAUCUACGUCAGGACGACGAAGACGCCAAACUAUUCCUCAAGACCCUCUACAGAUAUGUUUUGGAUGAUCUGUAUGAGUUUCCCUCGCUGGAGAAAGACAUUAAAGAACUUCAGAAACUUCUACGGAUGCAGCGCAGACAUACUGUAGAUGAUUACUCGCCACAGAGGAAGAAUAAAGCUCUCUUCCAUCAGUUGAGUCUGAGGGAUAACUGGCAUCCUGUACGAGCAGCUCAGAGAGAUAGAAAUGAAGUGCUGUGUCGUGUGUACGUGACUGUAGACUCCUACGUGAGCGUGAGGACACACAGUGAUGCGUCUGCGCAGGAGCUGCUGGGGACUGUGGCAGAAAGACUCGACUGCGCAGAGGACGACAUGGUGCUGGUCGCCAUCACGUAUGCUGGAGAUAAGGUUUUGCUUCAGUCAGAACAGUGUGUGUAUUCCACUUCACUCACUACUGCUGACAGGCUGCACGUCUACAGAAGAGACCUGACCGAGAUCAUGAGUCCCUGCACUGAUAACGGACAGCAGCGCUCGGUAAAGAUGCUCAGUAUGAACACGUGGGAUGUAGCCGUGUCUCUCACCAACUGUGACUGGAGCCUCUUCAGUAAUGUCCACGAGCAAGAGCUGGUGUAUUUUACUUUGAGCCGCGAUGCCAGUGGCGGCCACACAGCGGCGCUAGAGCAGCUGUUACAGCGCUGUAAUGAGACACAGCAGUGGGUGAUGACUGAGGUGCUGCUGUGUCCAACCCUAUGCAAACGUGUGCAGCUCUUUAAGAAAUACAUCAAGAUUGCAGCACACUGUAAAGCACAGAGGAACCUGAACUCACUGUUUGCUAUCACUAUGGGAUUAAACAGUCCGGCCGUCAGUCGACUUACUCAGACGUGGGAGAAAGUCCCUGGCAAGUUCAGGAAGUUGUUCUCCGAGCUGGAAAGCCUGACGGACCCUUCGUUAAACCACAAAGCCUAUAGAGAUGCCUUUAAGAAAAUGAAGUCUCCCAAGAUCCCUUUCAUACCCCUGCUUCUGAAAGAUAUUACGUUUAUUCAUGAGGGCAACAGAACCUUUCUAGACAACCUGGUCAACUUUGAUAAGCUACACAUGAUAGCAGACACAGUGCGAAUUAUCAGGCAAAGCCGGACUGAUCACAUGGGAAACAUGUUGUCCCAAAAGGACAGCGUAGAGGUGAGAACGUACAUCAACUACCUGCACGUCAUUGACAAUCAACAGACCCUCUUUGAGCUCUCACACAGACUGGAGCCCAGGACCUAAAACGACUGAAAGACACAGGACAGCGUCAGUCCUGUAACCAAGACUGUGAUUGAUAAGCAAUGUGGCUAUUCAGUGUGUUUCCACUAGAGGGAGACACACUCUUAUACACCACAGACAGCCAAAGAAAUCAACCUCAAGUUCAGUAAUGUGAAUGGAACAAAGACAACUGAAUCAUGCUUAACUGUGAAUCAUGCUGAACUGAUGUUUAAAUCAGGAAGACCUACAGAACAACUAUACAAUGAUCCAGUAUUCAAUGCUACAAUAAGGACUUUUGAGUUUUCUGGGGAUGUAAUAUUUUGUUUUAUUUGCUCUCUUGUUUUAUGUAGUUGUUCAGAACAGAUGUUAAGUUGUUUGAGC